AUGCCCGUCGUUGCAGUCGCCGGUGGCGGUGGCGACCUGGGUCGCCUCAUCACCGAGGCUCUGUUCGAGACCGGCAAGUAUGAGGUUUAUGUCAUGUCAAGAAAGGCUAUGCAAAGCGAUGCGAGCCGCAUAUCGCCAUUGACUGGUGAACACUAUGCCCCGGUGAUCCAGACCGACUACGUCUCCGAAGAUGCUCUCGUCGAGCAGCUCACAGAGAAGCGCGUCAGCGUCAUCGUCUGUGCCUUCAUCAUUGACAGCGACUCCGCGUCCGACUCUCAACUGCGGCUUAUCCGCGCGGCCGACAGGUGCGCCUGCGUCAAGCGCUUCAUCCCCUCGGAGUACAACGUCGAGUACGACGUCGGUGACGACGUGCUUCCCUACCCGGAGAAGCGGUUCCACCUCGCCGCCCGGCGCGAGCUGGCGCAGACGAGCUCGCUCGAGUACGCGUUCGUCUACCCGGGCAUGUUCAUGGACUACUUCGGCAUGCCACACAUAAAAACUAACCUGCGUCCGCUGUACUUCUUCAUCGACCCGGCCAAGGGCCAGGCGGUGCUGCCAGGCGACGGCGAGGCAAGGAUGAGCAUGACGCUGACGACGGACUUUGCCCGGUACCUGGCGCUGGCGCUCGAGCUGGACGUGUGGCCGCGGGUCCUGACCACGGCGACGAGCACCGUCUCGCUGAACGAGCUCGUGCGGCUGGUCGAAAAGAGCCUGGGGCGUAAGCUGGAGGUGCGCUAUCAGCCGGUUGAGAAGCUGCUCAGACACGAGACGGUCGCCGACCUGCCGACGAACCUGGACAUCGCGAAGGAGUUCCCCGAGCGGUUCCCCAGAGGAUUGGAUCAGCUGCGGGCGCUGAUCGCCGAUCUGGAGGCUGGUGUUGCGCUUGGCGCGUUUGAUUUGGCUACCUUGAGCGGACACCUGGAUCUUGUAAAGGCGUUCGAGGGAAGAAUCUCCGAGCCGACGCGCAUCGAGGAGCUGGUAGAGGAGGCUUGGAAGGCGGAUUUCAGCCAGUGA